AUCAUCCCACGGCCUCAUCCUCCAUUUUGAAAUUUCAGUACCCUAAUUCAAGCACUCAGCCGCCGUGUAACUCCAUUGCUGCUCCUCUGUCGUCAACUCCAUCCUCGCCGGCAGUGCUGCUACCCUUCUCGUCCUUCACCCGUAGCCCAUCGUGCUCGUCUAAGUCGUCUUCACUGUCGCCCACCGUGGUCCUCUUCGCCGUCAGCCACCGGUCCCCAGAUCCGCAUCGUCAUCUGGAGAAGACAGCUUCCAAUGUACACGGACUUAGGGGCCUCUGCUGUUCCUAUUGCUUGUUGAUGCCGAAGUUAUCUUGAAUUGCUUAUGUUGGACUCUUGGACCAUUUAAAUGGAGAGAAAGACUGGAUGUUGUGCAAGCCAAUUGUUUGGCUGUUUAUGCCAUUUUUGGAGAAGAUGCAUUUUUGCUGUUUUAUCUGCAGGUCCGGUGCCAAAUCAUAUUGCUUUCAUCAUGGAUGGAAAUCGAAGGUAUGCUAAGAAGAGAAACUUGGCUGAAGGUGAUGGCCAUAAGGCUGGAUUUUCUGCUCUCUUGUCUAUGCUGAGGUAUUGCUAUGAAUUGGGAGUGAAGUAUGUAACUGUAUAUGCAUUCAGCAUUGAUAACUUCAAACGGCAACCAAAAGAGGUUCAAUCCCUGAUGGACUUGAUGCGAGAAAAGAUUGAGGAGUUGCUUCAAAAAGAAAGCAUCAUCAACGAAUACGGUAUUAGAUUACAUUUCAUCGGAAACUUGCAACUACUUACUGAACCAGUCAGAGCUGCAAUGGAGAAGGCAAUGAAAGUAACUGCACACAACAACCAGAGGGUGCUUUUACUUUGUGUAGCCUAUACUUCACGUGAUGAGAUUGUACAUGCCGUUCAAGAAUCCUGUAAGGAUAAAUUGAAUGAAGUUCAAUCAUUGAAAGAGGGAAAGAUUUCAAAUGGUGUGAUAUCAAGAAUUGUUGAGGGUUCAAAUAGAAAUGGUAUGCACAUGGUUGAUCAACAUUCUUUCAGAGACUAUUUAAAUGCAACCAAUGUUUUUAGUAGUAGUAGUGUACUCAAAGGAGCUAAAGAUGCUGAACAUAGGGAUGGUUUCUUUGUACAUACUAAUCAACAACAAAAUAAUGGCCAAGAAACUGAAAUUAUAUCAUGCAAUGGGGUAAUUGAUAGUAGUGAAGAGAGAAGGAAUAAGCAGGGCGAGCUUUCUGCUAUAAAACUAGUUGACAUUGAGAAGAACAUGUACAUGGCAGCAGCGCCUGACCCAGACAUGUUGAUCCGAACUUCUGGGGAGCUGCGACUCAGCAAUUUUCUCCUUUGGCAGACUAGCACCUGUCCAUUGUAUGCACCAGCUGCUCUUUGGCCAGAGAUAGGUCUAUGGAACUUGGUCUGGGCAGUUCUGAGCUUUCAGAGACACCAUUCGUAUUUGGAAAAGAAAAAGAAGCAAUCUUGAUUUAAAGUUUAAACAUUAGUAGCCAAAAUCUCAGUGUAAAUUAUGUGUUGGCUAGAUUGUUUUAAUCUAUUUUUGACCUUUUCUUUUAUAUUAUUGAUCUUUAACUAUUUGUGGCACUGCUAUUACCAUUGCCAAUGUUUAAUAAAGUUUAUUAGUAUGAUGGUAUGGAAAUUAGAUGCCAUUUUAA